UCUUUGUCCUCGCCGCUUUAGGUUAUUUAUUUUAUCGCUCUCUCUCUUUCCAGAGAGCCUCUCUCUCUUGAGAAAUUUCUCGCAGCCGCCCGAGAAAAACUCUCUCUCUAGCUAUCGCCGGCAAGCUUGCGGGCGACACCUCGAUUCUGGUAGCGCGCUUCGUAUCGGGUGGAAGCGUUUCGGGCUUGUCGACUCCGAAGAGGGAGCGGGAAAGUGAGCGCGUUUUUGGCGUGGGAGCGAAGCUAAACUGGAUUUGCGGAUCGGAAAUGCCCGCUAUCUAGGGGCUGAUAUCGGACUUUUCCGACACCGCUCCGAUCUUUCCGAUGCCGGUGAUCGAGGUGCCGGGCCCGAUCUAGGCGGCGGCCGGUUGCGGUUCGGCUUCCCGCCGUAGCGCUGAGCUCGCCUGCGGCGCCGGCGAGGUGGAACUUGGGUUGGGAGCGAGGUUCGGUUCGCGGAGUGGCUUUGGCUGGGGAAAGAACAGUGAUCGAGGACUAGUAGCUGGUAAAGCUUUUUGCUUUUAGUUUCUUUUUUGUGUGGCUUUGGGGGCUCGAAUCGAAGCUAGAAAACCCUAGAUUUCACCUGGGAGUAGCGUGGCGAUGCCGGUGGAAUUGGAGAAUUCUUCCGUGAUGACCGUCUCCAACUCGGCCUCUGGAGAGGCCAGCGUGUCCUCCUCCGGCCAGCAGCAGGCGGCGCCGCCGCCGCCCGCUCCUGCUAAGAAGAAACGCAAUCUCCCCGGAAUGCCAGAUCCGAAUGCCGAGGUGAUAGCGUUGUCGCCGAAGACGCUGAUGGCGACGAAUAGGUUCGUGUGCGAGAUUUGCAACAAAGGGUUCCAGAGGGACCAGAACCUCCAGCUGCAUCGAAGGGGUCACAACCUGCCGUGGAAGCUGCGGCAGAGGACGGGGAAGGAGGUGAGGAAGCGGGUGUACGUGUGCCCGGAGCCGAGCUGCGUCCACCACGAGCCCUCGCGGGCGCUUGGCGACCUCACCGGCAUCAAGAAGCACUUCUGCAGGAAGCACGGGGAGAAGAAAUGGAAGUGUGACAAGUGCUCGAAGAAAUAUGCCGUCCAGUCCGACUGGAAGGCUCACUCCAAGACCUGCGGCACCCGCGAGUACCGCUGCGACUGCGGCACCCUCUUCUCCCGGAGGGAUAGCUUUAUCACGCACAGGGCAUUCUGCGACGCGCUGGCGGAGGAAAGCGCCAAGGCGCAGACGAACAACACCAACGCCGCGUCGCCGACUGCGCCAGCGAACAAGAAGGCGGAGGAGGACGGAAAGGCGGCGCCGGCGCCGGCGCCGGAAAAGUCUUCGCCUCUGGCGGCGAUUGUUGGGACCGAGUUGCCGCGCCAGCAGGUGGCGUCGUCGGAGCAGCAGCGAGAGCCGGAGAACCCAGCCCCUGGAAUGCUUCAGUACAUGCCUCCUCCCCCGCCGGCGCCGGCGCCACCGCCACCGCCAUCCUCCAUCACCAUUGGCGGCAGCAACAGCAGCGGCACCACGAGCAGCAGUGGGGGUAAUAGCAGCGGCAGCAGCACCAGCCUGUUUGCAAGCCUCUUCGCUUCGUCCGUCUCCGCCACCACCGCGGCGCAGAGCACCAACUUUUCCGACCUGAUCAGCGCAAUGAGCCGCACCGACCGCGCCCUCGCCGUGGAGCCCCCCUCGCUGUGUCUGUCCACCAACGGCCCCGCUGCUUCCCUAUUCUCGCAGCCACCUCAGGAGCGCCGCCCGUUUCAUCCGCCGCCACCGCCGUCCCCCCACAUGUCCGCCACCGCCUUGCUGCAGAAGGCCGCCCAGAUGGGCGCCGCCGCCACCAGUUCCUCUUCCUUCCUCCGUGGCUUCGGGCUCUCAGCCUCCUCCACUCACCAGGACGGCCUCAAUGACAGUAGCCUCCAUUGGCAUCCCCAGCAGCAACAAGUACUGGAGUCGGAGCCCGCCCCAAUUUUGUCGGCCGGUCUUGGACUUGGUCUUCCCUAUGAGAGCACUGCUGCUGCGGCGGCGGCGGCGCUACCUGACUUAAUGAUGGGCCAGCCGCCGUUGUUCGGGCCAAAGCCGGCGACUUUGGACUUCCUGGGGCUCAGUAUGGGACCGGUAGGUGGUGCGGCCACCACCGGACUAUCGGCGUUGAUCACUUCGAUCGGAGGAGGGCUCGACAUGGGUGCCGGCGCAGCUGCAGCUGGCCGUUUUGGAGGAGGGAGCUCGCCGGGGAAGGCGUGAACUCCAUUGGGCUUUUUUCCCCUUGAGCAGCACCAAGGGGAGUUCACUCACCAGUGGGGGCCAAGUUUUAGAAGCUGGAGAUGGAGGGAGAACAUUCCCUCCUUUGCUAUAUAUUAGUUCUUUCAAUCAUGUUUCUUUUCUUUUGUUAGAAGGGGCCAAACAGGUUAGAAGGCUUAGAUGUUCAUUUCUGCUUCUUUUUUAUUUUUUUCCAAAUAAUUUUGUUGCUUUAUUUUGUCAUCUAGGUUUAAAAGAUAUUUUAUAUAAAUAUAAUAUAGUUAUAGGUUAUAU